AUGGAUUUAACUCUGGCUAAUACGAAGAAACGGCUCAUUGAUGAGGGAAAAAUAGCACCCCUGCAUCAACAAUCCACAGAUAAUGAAGAUGACAUUUUUAUUGUUUUUACGAAUCCCUCUCUAAAAGAUGUUAUCCAAAUUAUCUUCAAAGACUGUCUAGAAGCUUUCAAGGGAAAGCGAACAGUGCGGAUUGUCACUCUUCAAGAGUAUUGUGAACUGGAGGACCAAACUAUCACAGAAGUAGCCGAAAAUGAGGGAGAUGAUAUGGGUUUCAUUGUUUCAGACUUUUUCAAUAAUUUGGGAUCCUAUCGUGAUGACACCAUUUUGGUCUACUCUCAUACGUUAGACAGCACUCAGACCUUUAUCAAGACUUAUUGUAGUGACUACCAAAAUAUUGUAUGUUCCACCGAUAUUCAGACGCAAGGAAGAGGCCGAACUUCGAAUACUUGGGUUUCUCCUGUUGGCUGCAUGAUGUUUUCCUACAACAGUGCUGUGCAGAAACAUGAAUUUGGUGGAAUGAUACAGUAUAUGGAUGCGUUGGUUAUGUGUCAGGCAAUCAAGGAGUUGAAGGGAGCGGAUUGCAUCGAUGUCAACAUCAAGUGGCCGAAUGAUGUAUACGUUAAUCGCUCGCAAAAGAUCUGUGGCAUCUUAUGUCAAUCGGUCUACAUGAAUGGAGUGUUCAACGUGACGUCCGGCAUUGGGGUCAACGUUAGCAACCGAAAGCCGACUACCUGUUUAGAAGAGCAGAUCAAGCUGAAGACAGGGAAGGUGGUGCAUCUGAGUCGAGCGGAGCUUUUGGGUCAUUACAUGCGCAUAUGGAACUCUUAUUUCCCUCUCUUCGCCAAGCAGGGCUUUGCUCCCUUCUUAGAACGAUACUAUCAGUUGUGGUUGCACUCCAACCAGUCAGUGAAUGUGUUGAAGGAUGAUGGAAGCUAUUCCAAUGUCAUUAUCAAGGGAAUCACUCCCUAUGGGUAUCUCCAAGCGGUCAGCGAGAGUGGAGAAAUGUUGGAACUCCUGCCGGACGGAAACUCGUUCAACUUCUUGGAUGGGUUGAUCUCGAAGAAGGUGUGUCAUGUUUGUAACAAACACAUCAAAUAA